CAACUGUCCAGACCGACCCAGGCCUCCCAGUAAUAAAUUAUUUGUCACAUUUGACAUGGUGCGUGUAAAAACGCACCUCCAAAGAGUUUUCUCAGUAUUUUGCUCCAAAUUCAUUUUCGCGGUUAUCGUCGCCAGUCUUUCAGGCUUCCAGCAUGGCUACCACCUUGGCAUUGUCAACAUUCCGGCUGAAGUCUUGCAGGAGUGGAUCCGGGAAGUGGCAAUUAACCGCAAGGGAGAACCCGCAACUGAAGGUUUCAUCAUGGUGUUUUGGUCAACUCUCGUUGCCAUUUUUUCACUUGGGGGCAUUGUCGGGGGCAGUUUGACGAACCUCUUCGCUGAGAAAUUCGGCCGAAGGAAUAGCUUGUUGUGGAGCAAUGUUUUAGCUCUUUUAGGGAUUGUUUUCCUUGUCUAUUCCAAAGUGUCCGAAUGUUACGAAUUGCUCGUUGUUGGGAGGUUUGUCGCGGGAGUGAACGCCGGGUUAAACUCGGGGCUUUGCCAAAUCUAUUUGAUCGAAAUCGCUCCCGAUAAAAUCCGGGGGUUUGUUGGGGGGUUCUACCAGUUAAUUAUCGCAAUGUCUAUUUUGAUUUCGCAAAUAAUGGGAGCGGUUCUGGGAGACGAUGAGCAAUGGCCGUUUAUGUUUCUGGUCGGUUUUAUACCAGUUUGCCUACAGUUGUGCCUUUUACCGCUAUGUCCCGAGUCCCCUAAGUAUCUUUUCAUAACGAAAGGCGACAAGGAGGGAGCCGAAGCUGCCCUGGUUUGGUUCAGAGGCACUAACAACGUUUACAAAGAAAUGUACAAACUCAAGGAAGAAAACAAUUUGCACAAAAGUGUAGACGAUGUGAAUUUGGGUAAAUUACUGUGUGAUAUUUCCUUGAGGAGCCGUUUGGCUGUCUCUUUGAUUAUAAAUAUUGGACAACAGCUGUGCGGACUCAACGCUCUGAUUUAUUUCUCGAACGAGAUAUUCAAGAAUAUGGGCAUGUCGGAAGAACUGGCCACCCAAACGACCAUUGCCAUGGGUGCGGUGAAUGUUGUGGUAACCCUGUUGGGUAUUAUCUUCGUGGAUUGCAUCGGUCGUCGCAUUGUCUUACUUGUCGGUUUCCUGGGGAUGGGUAUAAACACGUUACUUUUGGGCAUAAUCCUAAAUUUAGGAAAAAUUGCAAGUUUUAUCGACUAUAUCGCAACAGUAUUGGUUUUUGUUUUCGUAAUUCUGUUCGCGAUGGGCGUUGGUACAAUACCAUGGUUCUUGACUGGUGAAAUUUUCAACCAUACCCCUCGCUCGAUUGCGGUGACCAUAACCGUCAGCAGUAACUGGUUGUUUAAUUUCGUGGUGGCCCAAACCUUUUUGCCCUUACAGAGCGUCAUUGGGAAUUACGCGUUUCUAGUUUUCGUCGUCUUUGACUGUUUCUUUUACUUCUUUACUGUUCUGCACCUCCCGGAAACAGCGCGUCGUUCCGCCAAAGAAAUAUUUGAAAUUUAUUACGAAUAAACUUUUAACCUAAA